AUGUUUAGAAACGAAAAGCUCGCGGCCGAGGAGUCGAUCACGCGCCGCAAGUUUUGGCUCCGCGCGCUCUUCCUCGCCGCGGGCCUCGUGACCUUUGGCGCCGUCAUGAUCGCACUCGACAAGGACCGCAAGAAGGGCACGAACCUCCGUCUGUACGACUACAACCAUGGCACGAUCGAUGACGAGCACGAGGAGCGCAACAUUCGGCUCCACAUUAACAACGCCCAGCCCAGCCGACGCGCAGCGUCCUGA